UUUCCUUUUCAAGCGGGUGCAUGUCUGUGCCAAGGAUUGCCUUGUCAUUGUAUCGACUGGGAAACGCGUGGUCAGCGGCACCACCGACAGCUCCGCUGCAGCCUUACUGGUACCCGGUGGUGUGUAAAGUCAGACUUUAAGCCAGACAUGGAUACUGAAAAGAGCAGCGAGGUUUUAGAUGCGUCAGAGACUCCACAGCCUGAGGAGGCUGUAAUGGAAAAAGAGGUCGUGUCAAAAUUGGAGACACCGGAGGAAUCCACAGAGCCUGAGAAGCAACCAGCUGCUGAUGAAGAGACUGAGCAGAUGGCUGUGAAUGGCCAUGACACAGAAGCCGUAAACUCGAAAGAAACAGAAGAGUUGAUUGUGACGGAAACGGUGAAGCUGUCUGAGGAAAAAACAGAAAUGGAGAUUGAGGAUAGCUUGCCCACAGAAAAAUCUGAAAUGGGGUCAGUGCCUGAUGUGGUGUCACCACCAGAACCAGAUGAGUCAUCUGAAAAGAUGUCUGACCCAGUUGCAGCUUUAGACACAGUACCAGAAAACAUCCAGCCUGAACAACAGCCUGUGCCAGAGAAUGACCCAGAACCUUUGCCUGUGCAAACACCUCUGGCAGAGAGCGCCCCUGAACCAGAGCCAGAGAAAUUGGCAGAAUCAGUUGCAGAAGCUAAAUUACCAGAGCAAACAUUACCUGAACCCAUGAUGCAGCAGCCAGUGGAUACACAACCACCCUGCCAGAACGAGAAAGAGACAGAGCGAGUGGCGACUGAGACAGGACCACAGGCUACAAUGGAUACUGGGGCUGAAGAAGUUCCCAAAGAGGGGGCGAACGAGAAUGACGUUGCAGCAGAGGGGGGAGACGAAAAACCAGCAGACACAGAAAAACCGGCAGGAACUGUGUUGGUGUCAGAGGUUUCCCAGAAAAAGCCAACAGAAGCCGUUACAUUAAAGGAGGAGGCAUCAGCUGAAACUGAAAAUGUGAAACCUGCAGAAGACAAGAAGGAAGUUGAACCAGAAAAGUCAGUUGAGCCUGAUACUGCGAAGGGAGCUGAGGCAGCACCAGAAGGUGAAGGUGUAAAAUCUGAGAACAAUGAUGCCAAGCUUCCAGAGGAAGAGGACACGGCCCCCGCAUCUGGCUCCCUGGCCUUUGCAUUCCUGGAGCAAGAGCAGACCAAAGAUGCCCUGCGAACCUCUCGCACCCUUCUUGUCCUCAGGGGCCUUCCAGGAAGCGGUAAAAGCUUCUUGGCGCGUGCCAUAGCCGACGCCUACAAAGAGCACUGCUCCGUCAUCUGUGCCGAUGACCAUGGCGUAAAGCCAGAGAAUCCAGAAGCGUCUGUGGAUGGAUACAAGGCUCUGGACGAGGCCGUGGUUGCCUGCUGCAGUGCAGGAAUGGCGUCCUCCCUGCUGAUCGUGGUGGACGACACCAACCACACCCAGGAUCGGCUGGCCCGCCUGGGGGAGAUUGCCGAGCAACACCACCUUGUUGCUCUCUUUAUGGAGCCACGUACUGAAUGGAGCAGAGAUGUGGCACAGCUGACCAAGAAGACUAAGCGUGGACUGGAGGGGACUCAACUGGAAGCCAUGAGAGGUCCACUGGAGGAAAUGUCCCUUCCUCUUUACUUUGGGUGGUUUCUUCUCUCCUCCGUCCAGGACAAAGUCAGGUGCACAUCAAUGGACUUCCUGAAAACGCUGGACACCUUGGAGGCCUUCAAGAAACACUUGAUUGACUUCACUGGGAAACCUGAGAAGGAGGUGGAUUUGGAGCAAUACUUUCAAGCCAAAGGGACCCUCCAUUGCACUACAAAAUUCUGUAACUAUGGAAAAGCAGAGGGGGCCAAAGAGUAUGCACAGAAUUCAGCUGUUAAAGAUUUCUAUGGAUCUGUGUUCGAGCUGUCGUUGACCGCUCUCUUUGUCACUCCCCGCACUGUUGGUGCCAAAGUGUCCCUCACCGAGGAGCAGCUUUUGCUGUGGCCAGCCGAUGCAGAGAAGGUGGCAGAGUCUGCCGCCUCCCUGCCUCUGGGAAGCCGCGCCCACGUUACUCUAGGCUGUGCGGAGGGUGUUGAGCCAGUUCAAACAGGCCUGGAUCUGCUCGAUAUCCUGGCCCUGCAGCAGGAAGGCCAGCAGGGGGAGCUGGUGGAGGAGAUGGAGCUCGGCUCGCUGACCUAUUAUGGCGAAGGAAGGUGGCUGCUCAGUCUCAGAGAGCCCAUCUGCUCCCCAGCCUGCUUCUCCAGCUUCUACGGGCAGAAGGAGCUCGAGCCGACCAAAAAAGAACCCGAGAAGAAAAAGAAGCAGAAGUGCACCAUACUGUAAAUGGCAAACAUGGGGAUGUGUGGAUGGGAUGACUGGCGAAUUAAAACUUAGGCUUACUCUGUGCAAGGUUUGUGUGUUUGUGCAGUGUUUAGGGUUUCAGUUGUAGCCACCCUAAAUCCACAAGCUGUGUGCCUUUUUACUGUUGAUUUGCACCACAACCCAAGAUGCCUUCAAUCCAAUUAGGCUUGCUAACGUUGUUGAGUAUCUUGUUUCACAUAUCAGUGCCAGAGUUGCAGUACCUGGCUAUUUGCUGAGGUGUUAUUAGCUGCAGUUUUAGACUAAGGUAGUAUAGCCUCCUCCCAAAGUCCCACAGUUAUCUAAAACGUAGAUUUCCUCUUCCAUACAUGUCAGUGUCUCUCAGUAUUCAAAUAUACAAAAGCUAGGUACUUUAAUUGCAUGCAUCCCAGGUUAACGGUAUGAACAUUAACACUUUUCUGACCUGCUAAAAGUACCUCUGCUGCUUCAACAGAGUUUGUCUGGUGUUUACUUUGUCUUAGUUGUAAGUUAAAGAUUAGCUGUCAUUUCCGUGCAUGUGUGUGUGUGCGCAGUCUAGGAAGUAAUUGUUACAAUAGCAUAUGGGCCAAAGUUAUCUAUUUGAUUAAGUGUAUUAGAAUGAAUGUCAUUUAUAGAGGUCCUUCCUUGUAAAAUCUUUGCACUGUGCAUAGUUUCAAAGGGAGAAGGAAUUUGGUAUUUGUUUCAGCAGCUUGCACUUAGUAAUUAUCAAAUGCUGUGAAUCCAAGUCCAUGUUUUGCAAUCUUUUCUACUGCGCAAGACUGCACCAUUGAUCCCUUUUAUCCUCUUUGAACAGCACUUCAUGUAUUGCAUUUCGAUUUGUAUCCUCUGUGACUGUAAUUUUUUGAAGGGCAAGUCCUACUUUGUGUAGCUCUUAUGAAUCACUAUUUUUGCACUUGUUUUGUACACUUAAUAAAAAAGAACAUGCUUUGCUCCA